CGUAUUAUGUCAAUCACAUUGCAAGGACAACACAAUGGGAAAGACCUAUGCAGAGCACGGCUAGCAAUAAUGAAAACCAGGAACAAAGAGUUCUCGACUCGGCUGUAGAAUUUGAACGUAGAUUCCAUUUCACUGAAGAUACCGAAAAUGAUACCAGGAGAAAUUCAACAGUCAGCAUUAAUAACCAGGAUGUAGUGGAAACGUCACAAACACCACCCCCGCCACCGGAAACGGGUGAAGACGCGGUCGUAGUAGAUGGCGUCAUUGAAAAUCGCGUUGACUCCGAUCUGCAUCAACAUCGUCGUCACAGUCGCCGUUCGUCCGACGGGGCUACAACGACGCCCCCUCAUCCGGAGGUUGCAAUCGUCGUUCCCAACGGAUCGACAACCUCUAGUGCCUCCGCGUCGGACAACGGCGUUAGUUCGUCUAGCGAUGACGAUGAUUCAGAUGCGAACGAAGAGUGUGAACAAUGUCGUCGACAGCGUCGUAGACGUCGACGGGGGCGCGCACCACCCCCCAUCGUAGAAGCCGUGAACGGUGAUGAUGACCAGUACGACGAGAACGAAGAUACAACAGACACGUCUACAACUGCUUCAAGAAGGGACUCGACAACUUCAAAUGCCAGUAGCGUGGCACAAAACAAUUUACAGAAUUUAAGCGAGGGUUUACCGUCAGGAUGGACGAUGCAGUUGGCACCCAAUGGUCGGUGGUUCUUCAUCGAUCACAACGAACGUACCACCACGUGGGUCGAUCCCCGAACCGGACGAGCGAGUCCUAUGCCCAAUCAGAAUACCGCACCAGUUACCAACAGAAGACCGGACGACGACUUGGGACCACUUCCGGAAGGAUGGGAAGAGCGCGUCCAUAGUGAUGGUCGGAUCUUUUUUAUAGAUCACAACACAAGAACUACACAGUGGGAUGACCCACGAUUAUCUAAUCCUAAGAUUGCUGGUCCUGCAAUACCUUACUCUAGAGACUAUAAGAGGAAAUAUGAGUUUAUGAAGAUGCAAUUAAAAAAACCGACAAACGUUCCCAAUAAAUUCGAAAUAAAGGUUAGAAGAAAUAAUAUUCUGGAAGACUCCUACGUAGCAAUAACGACGGUGCCUAGGGUGGAUUUGUUAAAGACGAAAUUAUGGAUAGAAUUCGAGGCAGAAGUAGGUCUGGAUUAUGGAGGCCUAGCCCGAGAAUGGUUUUACCUUUUAUCGAAAGAAAUGUUCAAUCCGUACUAUGGACUUUUCGAAUAUUCUGCAAUGGACAAUUAUACUCUACAAAUAAAUCCGUUUUCAGGGAUGUGCAAUGAAGAACACUUAAAUUAUUUCAAGUUUAUUGGACGGGUGGCAGGUAUGGCUGUGUAUCAUGGAAAACUAUUAGAUGCAUUUUUUAUUAGACCGUUUUAUAAGAUGAUGUUAAAUAAACCGAUUGAUAUCAAAGAUAUGGAAUCGGUCGACAGUGAAUAUUACAAAUCACUUUUAUGGAUAAAAGAAAAUGACCCAUCCGACCUAGGUUUGACCUUCGCAGUUGACGAAGACUCCUUCGGACAGACAUCACAACACGAACUGAAAACCGAUGGCGCAAACAUUCCCGUAGAUAAUUCUAAUAAGGACGAAUACAUUCAGUGUGUGAUUAAAUGGAGGUUCGUCGAAAGGGUGCAGCCUCAGAUGAACGCGUUCUUGGAAGGUUUCAGUGACUUAUUGCCCCUCCACGCUAUCAUGAUUUUUGACGAGCACGAACUCGAGCUACUCAUGUGUGGCAUUCAAAAUGUGGACGUGAAAGACUGGAAACAAAACACUGUCUACAAGGGCGAUUAUCACGCAAAUCACAUUAUAAUCCAAUGGUUCUGGAGGGUGGUUUUGUCAUUUUCGAACGAGAUGCGCUCGAGGCUGUUGCAAUUCGUCACAGGAACUUCCCGGGUACCAAUGAACGGAUUUAAAGAACUGUACGGUAGUAAUGGCCCCCAGCUGUUUACCAUUGAGAAGUGGGGCACUCCAGAUAAUUACCCCAGAUCUCACACAUGCUUCAAUCGGUUAGAUUUACCCCCUUAUGAUAGUUACCAGCAGCUACGAGACAAAUUAAUAAAAGCUAUUGAAGGUUCGCAAGGUUUUGCAGGAGUCGAUUAAGUAAACUUAACAGAAACAACUAAUAAAAAA